AUGUCAUCACAAUACAACAGAUCGGUUUCAAUGGCAUUUCGGGGGGGCCGUCUGAAUCGUCGUAGUUCAAGGGUUUCGAGGUAUCAACCGACUCCGAUUACUCGACCAGGCGGGGCAGCGACGACUUUGCUGCAAAAACGCGACCGACUGCGGGUGUUCGACAGCGGCGACGACGUCACUCCCCGAAAUCUGGUGCAUCCGCUGCACGCGACGAUCGGUCAGCUGGGCGAGCGCCGGACGGCUUUCGAUCCCGUCGUCGCCGAUCCCUACGACAAAUCUUCCAAAGUCGAGACGCAGCGCCCGAGCUUCGCCACAUUAUCGUCCUUCUCGUCCGCCUACACGAUCGACGAUGCGAACGCUAAAACGGAUAAGGUCGAAGAAGACCUCGGCCCUCGAAGCCCGACGCGGCCACUCGUUUUACAAGAUGUCGUCGUAGCUCUCGAUGCUCCGUCGCAGUAUCACUUGUCCAGAUUAGAAGAGGAAGAGCUCGAUCUAGAGGAUGAAAUUUCCAUACUGCUCAAGGAAACGGACACGAUGUUUCUUUUCGAGCUACCUCAGUUAAUUGAGUACGCCGAUACACCGGAAGCUCAAGUCCUAUUGCGAGAAAACGAGAAAUACCAAUGCAUAAGGGAAGGAAAAGGUCGUAAGACUGUCAACGCGGAAACUCAAACGUAUGAAAAGUACUACAAGACCAUCGGGACUCAUGCCAAGCGCAAAAGUCGUCGCGAUUGCGGGACAUUCGUCAACGACUGGGUUAUGUAUGACACCUUUAAUCAAAUAAACGAUAUCCACCCGAGUAAAUCCGAUGAAACAGUCGAAUCAAAAAAGACAAAUGAGAUAAAUCGGUUCAAAUUUCCAGCCCCGAAAAUAGAUAAAAAAGAAGCAGCUAAACGAGCAUAUGCUUAUAGAUACAUGGAUGAGCUCGAACAGCAAAUGGCCGAACUGAUGAAUACGGAGACAUUUCAAGACGUUGUUCGGACGGCCUUGCGAAUUUUGGCAAGCAAAACCUACGACGUUGCUCAAAAAAACUUCCUCGGCCUCAUCGAGUCGGAUCCGUGCGAUCCAGAUUUCGAGCUCGUUUACGGCCUGGAGUUACUCUGGGAGCACGAGAACGAGCUUAUCAACGGUAAAACGGUUGCAGCUUUCAAGUGGAACCCGUUGAAAGAUACAAUAUUGGCGGUUGGUUACGGAUCGGCGAAUCGCGAUCAGAAGCAGCAAAAAUCGCAACCCUCGGAAGGCCUCAUACUCAUUUGGUCGAUAAAAAAUCCAAGCCUGCCAGAUCGAAGUUUUCAAUUCAAUAGCCCCGUAAGCGAUUUGGAUUGGAGCAAGGCCGAUCCAAACUUGCUCGCCGUCGGCUUCUACGACGGCAUGAUUCGCAUAAUCGACGUGAGCGAAAAGGAACUGACCGUCGUUCGCGAGGCUGGCAGAAAGUAUUCGCCGACGUUCGAACCGCAUUGGCAGGUCCGAUGGUGGACAACGAAGGACAAUCGAUUUUUGAAGGAUAAUGCCGAAGAGCAAAUUUUCGCCGGCAAUCAAGACGGUCGAAUUCUGUACUACUGUUAUUCGGAAGAGGCUGAUUUCGUUCCACACCAAAUCAUCCGGCUGCAGUGUAUCGAAGGUCACGUUCAAGGAAUUCGACGUACCAACUACAGUCGUGGCACAGAGGUACCGAUCAAUCGGCACACGGGCAUCAGAGUUCUGCGACUGCACCCCAAGAGCCCGAACGAGUUCUACGUCGGCACCGAGGAGGGGGCCAUCGUGCGCUGCUCCAUCGAUCAGCCGGACUUUUACCUGGAUCACUUUCUCGCUCACGACGGAGCCUGCUACACCAUGCAGUACUCGCCGUUCUGCGAAAAGAUCUUUCUGACCUGCGGCGCCGAUUGGUUCUGUCGCAUCUGGGCCGAGGGGGUGACCGAGCCGCUGAUGGAAUUCAGCACGCGCAUGACCAGUGUCAGCGCGGCCACUUGGUGUCCGAAAAUUUCCACGAUAUUCGCCACUGCAAGCCUGAACGAGGUCUGCAUUUGGGACAUAAAACGGAAAUCGCAUCGUCCGGCUUCGGUGACGGAAGUGGCGCCGGCGAGAGCGCGGAUCACCCAGCUCGAAUUUACAAAGACUGGCAAACAGAUCGUUAGCGGAGACGAUCAAGGCACCGUAUACGUACACAAACUCGAGGGUAUACCGCUGCUGGUACUCAAUCAGACGGAAACUCUGGCCAAGACCAUAGGUAAUGCUCUGGUCAUUAAGCCCCACUUGCUCAAGAAAGUGCGUAAACUCGGCCAGCCCUUUGACUUUGAGGAAUUUUUCGACUGA